AUGUUUAUGGUGCACGGUUUAAUUUGGUUUGCAGACGCCUAGCUGUCUCUUUAUUAGUCGUGUCCGUGUUGUUGAGGAUUUCACGUGGUCCAGGAGAUGGCGUUGUAAGCUUUGAAGGAGAGAGAAGAGAGGCUGUAAGGAUGAAUUAUAGUGGCUUUACCUAACAGAGGUGACAGCGUCUCAAACAUUUUUCUGCUGCUCUACAUCUCUUCUGACGCACAGCAGUUGCUGUUUUGUUCUCGUCAAACAAGGGCUUUGAGCUCACUGGAUACAACAGAGACUGAACGUGUGAAUUGAACGAGGACAACAUAUUAUCAUUCUUUAAUUAAUGACCAGCAUCACCAGUAUCUCAUGGAUGCAAAGUUAAAUUGCACGCGACAAACGGAAACAGAGGUGUUGAAGGUACCGAUUAUUGCGCCCUGCGGUGCUCUUCUCUAAGAGGAGGGUUUAAUCAAGGUCGUUAUCCGCCCCUUUAAUGCAAGUGUCCAUGGAGGACGGAUCCAUCUGGAGGACAUUACCAUCCGAAGUCCUUUACGGACACUUCGCAGUGGCUUCAAUUAAAAAUGCGCGGCGUUUGGGUCGCCAGUAACGCGGUUAUUUACAAUGAUGGGACCGCGCAGCCAGUCUCAGGCAGAGCCAAGCAUGACUCUGCCACGACGCUCUCAUCCACUGCUGCUGACAGGUUGCCUACGGAGACUGUUCAGAGGAAUAACAGCAGUAAUUCUGGUGUUAUUCUGGACAUUUCCACCUUGAAAAUGGCCGACGUGGACUCUGAGGUGCCUCCUCUACCUCCACGAUACCGCUUUCGAGAUCUACUACUCGGGGAUCAAUCUUUUCAGAAUGAUGACAGGGUGCAGGUGGAAUUUUAUGUAAAUGAAAACACAUUCAAGGAGAGGCUGAAGCUCUUUUUCAUCAAAAACCAAAGGUCAAGUCUCAGAAUACGCCUCUUCAACUUCUCCUUGAAGUUAUUAACAUGCCUCCUUUAUAUAAUCAGAGUCUCACUUGAUGAUCCAACUAACCAGGUCACAUGUGCACGUAAACAUUGCACAAACAUCACAGAUGCUCUUUGCAGCAAAGCCUGUGGCAACUACACAACAAACCUGACCGCAGAUCCCACACAAAUAAACUGGGAGUUAAUAUUUUGGGUGAAUAGGAGAGUUCCUGUAUGGGCGAUACAGGUUACAGUGGCAUUAAUUAGCUUCUUGCAAGCAAUGCUCCUGGUGUAUCUCAGCUACAAGGGGAAUAUUUGGGAGCAGAUUUUCCAAAUCUCCUUCAUCAUUGAGAUGAUCAAUACAGUGCCAUUCAUAAUUACAAUCCUUUGGCCUCCGCUGAGGAACAUAUUUGUUCCCGUGUUUCUUAACUGUUGGCUUGCCAAAUCAGCGCUGGAGAACAUGAUUAAUGAUCUCCAUCGUGCCAUUCAGCGCACACACUCUGCCAUGUUCAACCAGGUCCUCAUUCUGAUCUGCACACUGCUCUGUCUGGUCUUUACUGGGGCUUGUGGGAUUCAGCACCUAGAGCGGGCAGGGAAGACUCUCACACUUUUUGAUGCUUUAUAUUUCUGCAUCGUCACCUUCUCGACUGUUGGUUAUGGAGAUGUCACACCCAGAAUCUGGCCCUCUCAGCUACUUGUGGUCAUCAUGAUCUGUGUGGCUCUGGUGGUGCUGCCAUUACAGUUUGAGGAGUUGGCGUAUCUUUGGAUGGAGAGGCAGAAGUCAGGCGGAAACUACAGCAGACAUCGUGCUCAGACAGAGAAACAUGUGGUUCUCUGCGUCACUUCACUCAAAAUAGACCUGCUUAUGGAUUUCCUCAACGAGUUCUAUGCCCACCCGAGACUACAGGAUUAUUAUGUGGUGAUACUCUGUCCCUCUGAGAUGGACAUCCAGGUGCGGCGUAUACUGCAGAUCCCGUUGUGGUCUCAGCGGGUCAUCUACCUCCAAGGCUCUGCAUUGAAGGAUCAAGACCUGAUGAGAGCCAAGAUGGACGAUGCCGAGGCAUGCUUCAUUCUCAGCAGCAGAAAUGAAGUGGACCGCACCGCAGCUGAUCAUCAAACCAUUCUGCGAGCAUGGGCUGUGAAGGACUUUGCUCCAAACUGUCCUCUAUAUGUCCAGAUUCUCAAACCUGAGAACAAAUUCCAUGUCAAAUUUGCAGAUCAUGUGGUGUGUGAGGAGGAGUUCAAGUAUGCCAUGCUGGCCCUCAACUGUGUGUGUCCAGCCACUUCUACACUGGUCACACUCCUGGUGCACACGUCUCGUGGACAGGAGGGACAGAUGUCUCCAGAACAGUGGCAGAGGACAUAUGGCCGUUGCUCUGGGAAUGAAGUUUACCACAUUCGUCUAAUGGACAGCAAGUUCUUUGGCGAAUAUGAUGGGAAGAGUUUUACUUAUGCCUCCUUCCAUGCACAUAAAAAGUAUGGCGUCUGCCUUAUCGGCACAAAGAGAGAAGAGAAUAAGAGCAUACUUCUGAACCCCGGCCCACGCCACAUCAUGUCUGCCACAGACACCUGCUACUACAUCAACAUCACUAAAGAGGAGAACUCUGCCUUCAUCUUCAAACAGGAGGAGAAGCACAGCAAAGGGCUGUCGGCCACCGGCGUGUAUGAUGCCCCCUCUCGUCUCCCGGUGCAGAGCAUCAUCGCAAGCAUGGUUGAUCAGUCUACUUCAUAUGGAACCGUGGCCAUUGACCUGCAGAACCCAGAUCCCCCAGCUGACAGCAUUAAACUGACCCUGCCCACAGAGAACGGAGCUGGGAGUCGUAGACCCAGCAUUGCCCCUGUGCUGGAGAUCGCUGAUUCCUCUGCAAUCCUGCCUUGUGAUCUUCUCAGUGACCCCUCGGAAGAUGAGACCAACCAAUCGGAUGAGGAAGGAGCACCAGCCUUAGAGUGCAUUAAAGGCUAUCCUCCAAACUCCCCUUACAUUGGAAGCUCCCCAACCCUUUGUCACCUUUUGCAACAAAAGGCAUCAUUCUGUUGCCUACGACUUGACAAGGGUUGUCAGCACAAUAGCUUUGAAGAUGCCAAGGCAUAUGGUUUCAAAAACAAGUUGAUUAUCGUUUCUGCUGAGACAGCGGGAAAUGGCCUGUACAACUUCAUAGUGCCGCUGCGUGCUUAUUACCGACCCCGGAAGGAGCUGAAUCCCAUCGUGCUGCUGCUGGAUAAUCCGCCUGAUAAUCAUUUUCUCGAAGCCAUCUGCUGUUUCCCUAUGGUGUACUACAUGGCUGGUACCAUUGACAAUUUAGAUAACCUGCUGCAGUGUGGCAUCAUCUACGCUGAUAACCUGGUGGUGGUGGAUAAGGAGAGCACGAUGAGUGCAGAGGAAGACUACAUGGCAGAUGCUAAAACCAUAGUCAACGUGCAGACCAUGUUUAGGUUGUUUCCUAGUCUCAGCAUAAUCACUGAGCUAACCCAUCCUUCUAAUAUGAGAUUCAUGCAGUUUCGUGCCAAAGACUGCUACUCCUUGGCUCUCUCCAAACUUGAGAAGAUAGAGAGAGAUAAGGGCUCCAAUCUGGCAUUCAUGUUCCGCCUCCCAUUCGCUGCAGGCAGAGUGUUCAGUAUUAGUAUGCUGGAUACUCUCCUUUACCAGUCUUUUGUGAAGGACUAUAUGAUUCUCAUUGCAAGACUCCUGCUCGGUCUAGACUCCACCCCGGGCUCCGGCUACCUCUGUGCUAUGAAGGUAACGGAAGAGGACUUAUGGAUCCGGACGUAUGGAAGACUUUUCCAGAAGCUAUGUUCAUCCAGCUCAGAAAUUCCCAUUGGGAUAUACCGCACUGAAUCUCACAUGUUCUCCUCCUCAGAGUCUCAGGUGUCUGUGGAGGACAGUGAGGACCCGCAGGACCGCAGGGAAUCCUGGAAAGAGAAAACCGCCCACAGAAACUCCACAGGGAGCGACCAAUCAGAGCACCCACUUCUGCGGAAGAAGAGCAUGCAGUGGGCGAGACGGCUGAGCAGAAAAAACACCAAAAUACCCAGUCGAGCUGAACGCAUCAGUCAACAGCGCCUGAACCUGUACCGACGCUCAGAGAGACAGGAGCUGUCAGAGCUGGUGAAGAACCGCAUGAAGCACUUAGGGCUGCCCACUGUGGGAUAUGAGGACGUAGCUAAUUUAACAGCAAGUGAUGUGAUGAACCGAGUAAAUCUGGGAUAUCUGCAAGGUAAAUCCACCCAACAUCACUGGUCCUGUAGUAUAGGAUUGAAUAGUUCAGACCAAAACAUAAAAAAUUGCUGAAAAUGUACUCCCCCUCAGACCAUCAUUUGUUCACCAGUGAAUGGGUGCCAUCAGAAUGAGAGUCCAAACAGCUGAUAAAAACAUCACAAUAAUCCACAAGCAUUCCAAUUAAUGUCUUGUGAAGUGAAAAGCUUCCUGCUAAAACAUGAGUGCUCUAUUUGUAAUAUUGCUUUCUCCAGUGAAAAAGCCAUCUUGUCUGUAUCGGGAGUGGAAUGUGCACAGAUCAAGCACUGUUUACAGGCAAAAAUUGUUCUUAACAAUAUGUCAGUGGAUUUUGUUGUCAGAGGACAACAGAGGUUGGAGUUUUUCACUGGAGAAAGUGUUAUGGAUUAUGGACUGAUAUGUUGGCCAGAAGCACUGGUAUAAAACGUGUUAAUGUUGGAUUUCUCCAAAUCUGUUCUGAUGAAGAAACAAACUCAUCUACAUCUUGGAUAGCCUGAGACUGAGUACAUUUUCAACAAAUGUGAGGUUGUGGGUAAACUAUUCCUUUAACAGGCCUUUAUUAUUUUAUUUUAGAUCACAUUGAAAAUUCGCUGCAAUUCAGUUUUUUAUUUUUUAUGUAACUGAUUCUUAAAUUUAAGUACAUGGAAAUGUCUAAAGUCUGCUGCCUGCAGUUCUCCUUUUACAACAUUUUUUCCAGAUGACAUCU